UGUUGGACAAACUUAUUUGUUUGUUUUAGAAUUUUUAAUUGUACAACAGUUUGUUCGUUUUUCGAUUGUUUGUUCAAAUUGGCAAAGUGAAGAUUUACUAUUCGUCAAAAUUGCUCCCAACGUGAAGUCGAGGAAAAACUCCGCGUCGUUGUCAUCAGACGGUGGCUUGGACCAGAUCACGAUGACGAUGGAUGUGAGCAAGUCGGAGACUAACAAAAAUGGCUCCACUCAGCAGGAGUGCCAUGGCUGCAACAAGACCAUCAAGGAGAGGUAUCUCCUGAAGGCACUGGACGCUUACUGGCACGAGGAUUGUUUAAAGUGCAGCUGCUGCGAUUGCCGGCUAGGCGAGGUCGGCUCGACCCUCUACUUCAAGGCGAACCUCAUACUGUGCAGGAGGGACUACCUGAGGCUAUUCGGCAACACGGGCCACUGUUCGGCCUGCAACAAGCCCAUACCGGCCUUCGAGAUGGUCAUGCGCGCCAAGACGAACGUCUAUCACCUCGAGUGCUUUGCCUGCCAGCAGUGCUACCACCGGUUUUGCGUGGGCGAUCGUUUCUACCUGUGCGAGAACAAGAUACUCUGCGAGUACGAUUACGAGGAGCGCCAGGUGUUUGCCAACAUGGCCCUGCACCCGCAAGCCACGCUGGCCCACCUGAAGCGACAGCUGCCCCCGACGCCACCGGGCCAGGGGGUGCCCCAGAUGCCCGGGCACAACCCCAUGCAGCAGCAGCCACCACCGAGCCAGCCCAACCAGCAGCAGGGCCAGCAGAUGAUGGGGCAGCACAACCACGUGGCGAACGGUCAGAUGCCGGGCGGCGGAGGGCAGGUGAACGGGACGGCGAUGGGAGGCAUGGGGCCGACGCGCCCGGGCGACAUGAACAACAACGGGUUGUCGGGCCCCGGGCUGGGGUCCGUGAAGGCGGCGCCCAUAUCGAUGCAGGCGCCGACGAGCUGAGACGAGGCCGCACCGCCGCUGCUCAAGAAACUCCGGUGCCUCGACAGCUACUGAGGCCGCCGUGGCUAAUGGCGCCCCUCCCCCCUUUUCGGGGGUGCAGGAGGAAACACACAGCGAUGACACGCGGCCCAGGCGAUGGUGAUCCAAGUUGACUGUGUCCUUUGUUUGCCGGGAACACUCGAAUCUCGGCUCGUUCGCGGAACCGGGGUCGACGCUAAGGAUGGGGAGGCCCGGACGCGGUGCGUGAUACAUACACAUAUAUACAUGUUACGAGGAAGGGGUCGUGAAUGUACAUACAGGACUCUGCGGCGCUUCCUCCGAGAAGGGGGAAAAGUGCGCGCGACGAGACCCCUGCGUUGUUUUUUUUUUUUUUUUUUUGUCUUUUGCAUUUUUGUUAUUACCCACGGCUAACUCGCUCUGUGGUUUCAAUAUUAUUACUAUUAUUACUUAUUAUUAUUAUUAUUAUUAUUACUAUUAUUAAUCAUUA